UGUGUGUAAUAAAAAGUUAGAGAGAGAAGCGAAGAGGGUGGGGGGAAAAGAAUCACAGAAGAGGGUUAACUUUCUGUGUCAAGAAUUUUAACCCGUCGACUACGGGGAAGGAAAUCAAAAAGUGGGCAUAUAUCUUUUGUGUUAAAUGAAAAAAAAUACAGUAUAUGUUUGGUUUUGAAAAUGAAUUAUAUAAUUGGUUUUGACUAGCGAGUCAUGAGAGAAAAUGCCUAGUUCUGAUGUCAUUUUCCAAGAUAUACUGUCGAGGAAUUAAACCAUACACCAAAUCUCUUCACCACACAUCCACCUUUUUCCCAUUUCCCCUUUGCAAUUUCCCUUCUUCUCUCUUUCUUUCUGCACCAUCUCCAUUUUCAAGAAUACAGAUACAGUAGUGAAAUAGAGUCUUUCCUCACUCAUCAUCUCCCUUUUCAAGCAUAUUUACAACCAGUCUUUUCACAACUUUCCAAAGAAUUCAAUCCCACAAAAAAAGAUUUGGAGGUCUUUAUUCCCCUCGGCCCCUUUCUCUUUUAUGCUCAAGAUCUUGAUUUGUUCCACAUCUUUAACGAGAGAGAGAGAGAGAGAGAGAGAGAGAGAGAGAGAGAAGAAAAAGAUGCCCUUGUUGGAGGCUGGCUCAGUUCCAGUUCCUGAUCUGUCUCUGAACAUCAGCCCACCAAACUGCGAAAUCAACUCGACGAGCAGCAGCAGCAGCAGCAAGUCCAAGAGCUCCUUCACGGAGCUGUCGUUGGCCCACCCGGCCAACCACGAAAUCGAGCUGGAGAAGAGCUUCAAUGGCGGAUGCAGGCAAAACCCUUUCCUCAUGAAUCAUGGGGAAUCGCCUUCAUCUGAAUCCGACGGCCUCAGACCGAUCAAGGGCAUCCCGGUGUAUCCCAACCGUCCAUUCCCAUUUCUGGGUCUCGACAAGGAUCCCAAGAUGCGUUACUAUCAAAUGCCUUAUCCCUCCCCGCCCUCCCCUUAUUUCGUCGGCGCCGCCUUGGAUCAUCACAUGCCAAUGCUCAAUCUCGGCCCCUCCUCGCCGCCGGCACCCUACCGCGCCGGCAGGUUCAACGCCGCCGCCUACCCCGCCCAUCUCUACGGCAUCGGCCCCUCCUCCCAUGAAACUUCCCAUCAUGGAAUCAUGAGAUCAUCCAGAUUUCUCCCCAAAUUGCCGGCCAAGCGGAGCAUGAGAGCGCCCAGAAUGCGUUGGACUAGCACUCUCCACAGCCGCUUUGUUCAUGCAGUUGAGCUUCUCGGCGGCCACGAAAGGGCGACGCCGAAGUCGGUGUUGGAGCUGAUGGAUGUAAAAGAUCUCACACUUGCGCAUGUGAAAAGCCAUUUACAGAUGUACCGAACCAUCAAAACCACCGACAAGCCUGCAGCUUCCUCAGGGCAAUCAGAUGGGUCCGGUGAAGACGAUCUCUCCACCGUGGGCAGCAGUGGCGGCGAUCGGUCGGGCUUACGGCAGUUCUUGGAUCAGAGGGGCGGGCCUUCCGGCGGAGCUAUGCAACAAGAAUAUGAUCUCAACUACCCCUCUACCACUCCUACAUUGUGGAGCAAUUCUUCAAGUAACCGAGAGGGGUGGUUGCAAAGCAACGGUGCUGAUUCACAUAGCCUCAUCGGAUCCUUGUCCUUCCCGUGAUCCUCGAUCGACUUAAGAGGAAAAAAAAUGUGUGCAAAGAGGCAGUUGGAUUGGUGAAUCUGCGAAGACGAAGCUUCAGUUUUAAAAUGGGAGUGAGCGUGGAGCAGCAAAGUGGAUAUAUAGGAAGAGAAUUAAGCAUGAGCCAAAACAAACAUGUCCAUGCAUUUGGAAUUUUGGAUUCUUGAUCGAGCUAGGUUCUUCUCUUUGUUGAAGGAAAAAGAAGUCAUGAAUAUAUCUAUAUAUAUGUAAACAUAUAUAUUUAUAUUUAUAUGUGCAUAAAGAGGCGUCGCAAAUCAAGAGGAUAUGCAUGAUGCAGCAGCAUGGGGGUGUCUUAUAUUAGUUUUAACAUUUUUCCUUCUCUUUAUUUCCUCAAUUUAGUUCUCUAAGUGGGAGGUCAGAAAUAUCAUCAUCACUUGGGAAUAUUUGGCUACUAAUGCUUUGCUAAUGUAACAAUUUAACUGAUAUUUUGUCAUGAUGCUGUAAAUGUAACUACGUAAUUGGUCGUUUCUCUCA